AUGCCUGAGAAUGCCAGUGUCAUGAAACGUGAACGAUGCGCAAGUUUCGGUGGUCGUGUUCUCCUCAAAGGCAAGAAUAUGUUUGAAAGCAAACGUUAUGCAAUGAAGAUGGCCAAGUUGAACAAUUUACCUCUGAUAAAUGGUUAUGACCACCCACAUAUUUUGGCGGGUCAAGGAAGUGUUGCCAUCGAAAUCCUGGAACAAGUCCCAGAUGUUGAUGCUAUCAUAGUGCCAGUUGGUGGCGGUGGCCUGAUUGCUGGAAUAUCCGUUGCAGCAAAAGCUAUUCGACCGAUAAUUGCUGUGGAAUCAGAGAACUGUCCAGGUUUCAAUCAAGCAAUGCUUGCCGGGAAACCAGUUUAUACAGAAAAUUUCCCAUCGUGUGCAGAUGGCUUAGCAAUCGCCAUGGUUGGCGUCAAUGCAUUCCAGACGUGUCGUCAUCUCGUGGACAAAGUCAUCACACUGAACGAGUCACACAUACAUCGGGCAGUUGUACGCCUGUUGGAAGUGGAGAAGUGUGUUGUCGAGUGUUCAGCGGCGACGUCUUUGGCUGUAAUCAUGGCUGACAUGUUACCGGAAUUAGUCGGCAAAAAAGUUGUCUGCCUACUAAGCGGUGGUAAUAUUGACACUUCAAUGUUGGGUCGUGUCAUUGAUCGGGGCUUGGCACUUGAAGGUCGUCUGUGUCGUUUCAUCGUUGUUGUAGCCGACCAGCCUGGAUGUAUUGCAGACUUGUGUGCAGUGUUGAAGCAGAUUGGAGUUAGCAUUAAAGAUAUCAGUCAAGAUCGUACAUGGUUGAAGUCGAGUGUAUUUGAAGUUCAAGUGAAGUGUAUCUGUGAAACUCGUGAUUUUGUACAAGCAAGUGAUCUGGAGCGUGCAUUGAAAGCCAAGUAUAAACACGUUGUCUGGGGUGAUGAGUCCAUUUGGUGA